GCGCAGGCGCUCUUGCUACCUACCCAGCAGCACCCGCACGGCCCAGCGCAGCGGACACCCAGGACUCAAAGAUGGCGUCUCCCGUUCCCCUGAAGGAGAAGCGCCUCCUGGAUGUCAGGAUCUCGGAGCUGCCCAGCUGGGUGCUGAUGCGGGACUUCACCCCGAUGGGCAUUGCUGGCGCCUUUCGGAGAGGUUACGAUCGGUAUUAUAACAAGUACGUCAACGUGAGGAAGGGGAGCGUCGCUGGCCUGUCCAUGGUGUUGGCAGCCUAUGUGGUUUUCAGCUACUGCCUGUCCUACAAGGAGCUCAAACAUGAGCGGUUACGGAAAUACCACUGAGGAAGCUACGGUGAAGCUGCGGCAAGAGUGCCCCUGCUUUCCUGGACUGGCCACUUGCCCAGCCCCUCCCCCCA